AUGUCUCCAGGUCAUGGCAGUAAUGGACUCAAAUUGGCGAGUAGUGCUCCCAGUAAAUUAGAGUUCCAAGAUGUCGACGAGAGUGACGCUAUCACGUUAGACAACUUUGACGAGACUGAUGCUAUGGCUGACCCCAUUUUGACCAGCCCACGCUCCAUUGAGGCUUGUCGGAUGCUCGGUGUUGAGCCUGAUGAACUCAUUCAACGACCUCUUGAGUACUUUAUCCGCUCAUCGAAAGGUGGGAGGGCUGAGGAUCGCGAAUUUGUCAAUAAACGAGCUGCGAGAUACGAGAAGAACCGCCAAAUCCAGCUUCGCAAUGUACGAGUACAACGUCACGAGCUCAUGCAGGCUCAACUGGAUGGAGGUCACGGUAGUAUGUCGCUGAGAACCCGUAGUUACUGUCACUCCCCAGUAGGGGCCGCUCGUCUGGGCUUUGGGACUUUGCCCAGUUGCUGCUUGGCUUCAGUGCAAGAUUCUACCAUGCUAGGACGAGAAAAACGAGAGCUUGAGCGAAUUCAACAGCGUCAAGCUCUUGAACUACAGCAGAUGCUUAACUUUGAGCUCAAGAUGGCGGAGCUUCAUCAAGAACGAGAGAGAAAAGAACGAGAACAGAAACGAAGAGAAGAACAGUUCGCUAUGGAACGUACUAAACGACAACGAGAAGCUGACGAACAGCGACGUAAACGAGAGAUAGAACGAGCCGAACAGCAUCGUAUUGAGCUCGAAUUGGCUCGGAAACAAGCUCAGGAACAGCAGAAAGAAAUCAUGCGACGUGAACAGCGUGCUAAGCAGGAAGAAGCUCGCCGACAACGUGAUGCUCAGCUGAGUGAACGAGAACGUCGACGACACCAGGAAGAAGCGAGGAUUCAGAACGAGAUGUAUCAGCUCGCUCAAGAGCGAGAAGCGGCAAGGAAGUUGAGAGAAAUGCAGGAGCGUGAAGAGAGAUUGAUACAAGAACGAGAGCGACAGAGACAUCUUAAAGCUCGAGAACUAGCAGAGAAACAGGCACGAAACACAGCGCGAAUCGCUAAUGUACUACAAGAGAAAGACCUACAACGUAAGUAUCAACUCGAAGAAGCUGCACGUAAGCAACAGCAGAGUGAAGAACGCCGUCAAGCGUUCGAAGAGGAGCGAAGAGUGAAAGAAGAAGAAGUACGACUUCAAGCACUGCGGAAGAAAGAGACGAUCGAAGGCGUUCAACACCAGCUAGCGUUGAUUGAAGAAGAACGUCGAGAGCGACUUAGAGAACAAGAACGACAAGCUCAGCUCCGACUGAUGCAGCGUGAACGCGAGAAGCAGCAGCAGAUCGAAGCUCAGCAACGUGAAGAGCGGAGAUUGGAGAGUGAACGUCGUCGAGCUUAUGAACGUAUGGAAUCACAACUCCACGAAAAACAGUCUGCUAUCUUACGAAAGACUGAAGAGAAGGCGAUGAUAGCGCAGAGGAUGCAGGAACAGAAGCACGCUUCGGUACGAGCUCGUCUUCAAGACGCAAAGCUACGCGAAGAAGAGAUCCAAUCCGCUCUAAUGCGUAAGAACAAGCAGGACGAGUACCGUACCAACUUGCUGCUUUCUCGAAUCGAGACGGAUAAUCACCGUAUCCAGCACCUUAAGGAGCAGAGAGAAACCCUCCUUCGUCGUCGACAGCAGAUUAAACAAAUGGCUGAGCGUCAAAAGCACGAAAUUCUCGAGAGUUUCUACAAGAUGAAAGUCACCAAGAAGAUGGAGUUACCCAAGCAUAUUACAGCAAAUAUGGUCGCUGUACGACCGCGAUCUGCCUCUGCUACAGUGUUUACUACUCAAUCAGUGGACGAUUCGGUACUAUCGAACCCAAGAACAACGCCAAGGACCAGUAGGAGACCGAUGAGUGCUGUAGCAAGACGUCCACGUAGUGCUGCUACACGUCGUCGACCUGUUACCAGCCGAGAUCGCAAGAGUCCGUCGGAUUCGGACUCGUGUGCUGGCCCUUACAGUGCUGAUGACGUGGAGAAAACCAAAGAAGUGGAAGAAAAUGAAAAACGUGCUGUGAUCAAUGAACUUCGAAGACAACAGAACGAAGAAUUGUUGAAGGUAUUGGAGGAAGAACAUCACGCUGAAGAGCAGCGGGAACAUCUACUACGACAGGCAAAUGCUGCUCGUCGUGAACGUGUGCGGAUGGAGAAACUUUUCGAUAAGGAACGAGCUCUCGCGAGUGAACGGAUCAUGCAGCUUACUGAUCGCCACGAACGAGCGUUGGCAGCUAAGAUGGGUGAACUUCGAAGUUAAACAGAUUCGAUUUAAAAGCACCGGAAGUAAUCACACUGUCGCCGUCGGGAACACUUUUUCUCUAG